GUUUUUAAAUAAUUUACCUAGUUAGUUCAAAUGGACGAUGAUUCUCAGUUCAGCCAGUACUUGUCAGAGCUUGAUUCCCCCAACACUGAAGGAUAUACAUUUUUCACCAAGAAUGAGACUGAUGGAUAUUCUCUAGAAAUUUACCGAAAAUAUGAAGAGGCAUCAGGUCUGUACAAAUACAAAAGCUAUGGAGAGCUUAAAUCAAUUGAUACAGAAACGGUUAAUGCUGUCUACAAUGAUCUAGAGUACAGAAAAAAAUGGGAUGCUUAUUGUGCUGAUCUCCAUGUUAUAUCUGAGACAAGUGUACUGCAAAAUAUAUAUUGGCGAGUAGCAUAUCCUUGGCCGAUGAGUCACAGAGAUUAUGUGUUCAGCAGAAAGAGCAAAAUAUUUGAAGCCACUGAAAACAGCCCCAAAAGAUGGUGUAUAAUUGGAAAAGGUGACCCCUCUUCAUGUCAUGAAGAGGUGAAAGGUGUUAUAAGAGUGAAGGAUUAUGAGCAGACAUUGGCUCUUCAACCUUCAAAAAAUGGUCUAGGUACAAAAGUUUUUCUCUACUACUUUGAUAAUCCUGGUGGUGCCCUUCCAACUUGGGUGGUCAACUGGGCUGCAAAGACAGGAGUCCCACAGUUUAUGAAAACUCUUCAAAGCGCAUGUGAAAAAUUCACAUCAAAAUAAAAGUUUCUUUAGUAAAAAUAAAAGUUUCUUUAGUACGUUAGUCGUUAAUAUUCUGCUAUAAAAAUCAAAAUCAGUUAAUUUAUAGGUUAGUAUUUGAAUUAAAAUCAACUUUUAUUUAUACUCCUUUAAAAACACGGUUUGGGCUGAAAACUUACAUAGCUUCGCUUAAAUAUUGUUAUUCUACGGUAAUCAGCGUUAAUUCUUGAAAAAGUUUGUAAAUUUAUGUUUUCGAUUGAUUUUAUACGUCAUUAUUAUUAGAAAUAAAUGUGACAUUUAAAAGUUAUAUACUGUACGUUCUAAUGGAAUAAACUUAACACUAUCAAGUUGACAGCAACUCUCUGGUCAAUGCUUUUGAAAAACUGUGGAACUGAUUUAGAGCCCUCUAGCUUCUCGGUAUAGUGUUCUUGUUUUACUGGAUUUAGACCACAGCCACAAAAACUGAGCUUUAAGUGCUAAUUAGUUACUUGUCAAGGGAAGAUUUUAUUGAUAUAAUUAGGUUAAGAAAGUCUUAUUUUUGGCCAAGGUUUAAGUCUAGUAGGAAGCAAGUAGGAAGCAAGUUUGGAAAUACUGGAAUAGCACUCAAAUUUUAGGACGGAAAUUUACAACUUGCACAUUUUUAGACUUGAGAUGUAAUAGAGCAGGGAAUCUGAUUAACAUUCUUUACAAUUCAAGUAAUUCUGUUGGUGUCUUUUAAAUAUAAUAGUAUUUCUAGGUACAAUGUACAUAUUAUAUACCAUAGGUACUUUGAUAGGAGUUUUAAUUUUAUAGUUUUCAGAUUAACAAUGUAGAUUAACAAUGUAGCCAACUCAAGUUUUGUGAAUUAGCUCCUUUAGCUGCAGAGUAAGUUUCGAUUCUUUUUUAUUUGUGUCAGCAUACUAUGAUUCUAACUUGCACUGUUUUAGUGAUCAUAAUUAUAAUAUAAUUAUAUAAUCUAGAUGAUUUAAUGGGGUUUGUUUUGUAAUUGAAAUUGUUAAUUAAUUAAUUAAUUAAUUAAUUAAUUAAUUAAUUAAUUGUUAAUGUGACCGAUCAUUUCAGUUAUUU